AUGGAUCUCCUCCAGUCCUCGUACGCGCCUGGUGACGCAUCCUCGCCGGAGGACGAGUCGCUCUCCUCCCCGGACACCUCCCCACUCCGCCUCCCCUCCAAGUCCGCCGCCCCCGCCGUCGAUGAGACAGCGCUCGCGCUAUCCGCCGCCGCCACUUCCACCUCCCGUCCUAUCGACCCCUCCCUCCACCUCAUCCCCUUCAACCCCACCGCCGACCAGCUCUGGGCGCCCGUCCUCGGUCCUCAGCACCCCCACGCGCCUAUCUCAUCCGCAUCUGGUCACCGUAACCACAAGCUCGGUCAUGUCGAAGACGCAGCGCUCCUCCCCUUCCUCUUCGACGAGCAGUAUAACACUUUCCAUCGCUUCGGCUACGCAUCUGACCCCUCCGGCCUCCACAUCAUCGGCGACGCGCAGCCACAGGCGCCCGACCUCGACACCGUCUACAACCUCCCUCCUUCUGAGCACAAGCGCCGCCGCAUCCAAUCCAGGGAGGAAAACCACGAGCCCCUCCCCCCAGAGGCCCAAAACCCUGCAUCCGACGAGUGGGUCGUGCACAACAAAAAGAGUCCCUGGGCUGGCAAUCGGGAGGGCCCGCCUGUGGAGCUCACGGACGAGCAGAGACAGUACGCCGAGGCACAUGCGGCCAAGAAGGCUGAGAAGGAGGCACGAGGUGAAGGGAAGGAGAAAACAGAGGUGGUGGUCAAGAGCACCUUCCAUGGGAAGGAGGAGAAGGACUACCAGGGACGAUCGUGGAUCACUCCACCCAAGGAUGCCAAGGCGACCAACGAGCGCUGUUAUAUUCCCAAGAGGUGUGUACACGAGUGGGUUGGACACACCAAGGGGGUCUCAGCGAUCAGAUUUUCUCCCAAGUAUGGCCAUCUAUUGCUGUCUGCAAGUAUGGAUUGUAAGAUUAAAAUCUGGGACGUGCUUGAGUCGAAGACAUGUAUGCGGACGUACAUGGGGCACUCCAAGGCGGUACGGGAUAUAUCGUUCUCUAAUGACGGUAGUAAGUUCUUGAGUGCUGGCUAUGACCGGAAUAUUCAGUAUUGGGAUACUGAAACUGGGCAGGUGAUCUCGACCUUCUCUACUGGUAAGGUACCUUAUGUCGUGAAGCUCAAUCCUGAUGAAGAUAAGCAGCAUAUUCUCCUUGCUGGGAUGAGUGACAAGAAGAUCGUGCAGUGGGAUAUGAAGUCAGGGCAGAUCACACAGGAAUAUGAUCAGCACUUGGGGGCGGUGAACACUAUUACCUUUGUAGAUAAUAAUAGGAGGUUUGUGACAUCUAGCGAUGACAAGUCUCUUCGUGUGUGGGAGUUUGGCAUCCCUGUAGUUAUUAAGUAUAUCAGUGAGCCGCACAUGCACUCCAUGCCGUCUAUUGCAGUACACCCAAACUCUAACUGGCUGGCAGCACAGAGCUUGGACAAUCAGAUACUGAUAUACAGCACGAAGGAAAGGUUUCAACUUAAUAAGAAGAAAAGGUUUGCAGGCCACAUUGUGGCAGGUUAUGCUUGUCAGGUGAGCUUCUCUCCUGAUGGGAGGUUUGUGAUGUCAGGAGACGGUGAAGGUAGUUGCUGGUUCUGGGACUGGAAAAGCUGCAGGAGAUUCAAGACAUUGAAGUGCCACAAUGGAGUUUGCAUUGGAUGUGAGUGGCAUCCGUUGGAGACUAGCAAGGUUGCAACGUGUGGAUGGGAUGGUGUCAUAAAAUACUGGAUUAAAGAUUUGGCAAUUUAG